CACACAAGCCACCUCAGCUCUGCUCUCGAGGCACGCACUUGAAACACUCUGGGACUGAGCCCUGACCCUCCAAAUUUGGGAGCAUCUCCCAGACUCUGCAGACAGCAAGGCCUGUUCCCUGUCACACAGGUCACAUGGGUCCCGGGUUCACCUGUCCGUGGAGCGGCCCGCUCUCUGGCUUCCGGGUGAGGACUUGGAUCGAGCCUGUGGUGGCUUCAACCCAGGUGGCCGGUUCCCUCUAUGAUACAGGACUACUCCUGGUACUGAAGGAGUCCUUUGCAUCUGAUGCUAAAGGCUCCUCUAAUUACAGUGCCAACCAGUCGCUGGGGGGACGUCAGGAGGACCAACAGCAGAAGGCCAUCUCCAAUUUCUACAUCAUUUACAACCUCGUGGUGGGCCUGACACCCCUGCUGUCCGCCUAUGUACUGGGCUGGCUCAGCGACCGCUACCACCGUAAGAUCUCUAUCUGCACGGCGAUGCUGGGCUUCCUUCUGUCCCGCAUCGGACUCUUACUCAAAGUGAUGCUGGACUGGCCAGUGGAGGUGAUGUACGGAGCAGCGGCGCUCAAUGGGCUGUGCGGGGGCUUCUCUGCUUAUUGGUCCGGGGUCAUGGCGCUGGGAUCCCUGAGCUGCUCCGAAAGCCGCCGCUCCGUGCGCCUCAUCCUCAUCGAUUUAGUCCUAGGCUUGGCUGGGUUCUGUGGCAGUAUGGCUUCAGGGCAUCUCUUCAAGCAAAUCGUUGGGCACUCUGCGCAAGGCCUUCUGUUAACCGCCUGCAGCGUGGGCUGUGCGGCGUUUGCCCUUUUCUACAGUCUCUUCGUGCUAAAGGUCCCCGAGGCUGUGUCCAAGCCCAACAAGGUGCACCCCACUGUAGAUACUGUGUCUGGCAUGAUGGGCACCUAUCGAACCCUGGAUCCAGAUCAACAGGACAAGCCUAAUAUACAGGCAAACCCUCCAACUCCUGGAAAAGAGAAGCCUUCCCAAGCCAUCAUUGCUCUGCUGUUUGUGGGCGCCAUUGUUUAUGACUUGGCUGUCGUGGGCACAUUGGAUGUUAUGGCCCUUUUCGUGCUAAAGGAUCCUCUCCAUUGGAACCAAGUGCAGCUGGGCUAUGGGAUGGCUUCUGGGUACAUAAUCUUCAUAACCAGCUUCUUGGGUGUCUUGGUCUUCUCCCGCUACUUCCGGGACACCACGAUGAUCAUAAUUGGGAUGGUUUCCUUUGGGUCUGGAGCCCUUCUCUUGGCCUUUGUGAAGAAGACAUACAUGUUCUAUAUUGCCCGAGCUGUCAUGCUGUUUGCACUUAUUCCCAUCACAACCAUCCGGUCAGCCAUGUCCAAGCUCGUAAAGGACUCUUCCUAUGGAAAGAUUUUCGUCAUACUGCAGCUGUGCCUAGCUCUGACUGGGGUGGUGACAUCCACCAUGUACAACAAGAUCUAUCAGCUUACGCUGAACAAGUUCGCCGGCACCUGCUUUCUUCUGUCUUCUUUUCUCUCCUUCUUGGCCAUUGUCCCAAUUGGUGUUGUGGCCUACAAACAAGUCCCGGGGUCACGACAAGGAGAGCGUGCGGAUACACAGAGGAGCUGAAACGCCAGCGAGAACAAGACCCAAGUUCCAGUCUUCCAAUAACUCUCGGGUCCCUGGUGGGAGGGAAAUCGCCUUCUGGGUGUUGCAGGAAAUUUCCUAGUGCUCCUCCAAUGCCUCUGCUAGGCAGAGGUUAGGCCUGGGGGUACCAGCUGCUGGCUCAGGCAUUCUGGGUCCUGGAGGGCUUCAGGCUCCAGCCAGCCAGCCCCUUACUUCCAUCGCUGUCUUAACGAUGCUAGUGGAGGAACAUGGGGAUCGUGCUAGUUCUAUGGAAGACUGUGACUAAAGCCUAAACUUCACCAGCCCAAGGGGAAUGAACACGAAAUGGACAUUUUGCUAAAACUGACAACAGUUUUUAAAUUAAUAUAAAAUCUUGGG